AUGCUAUUCACCGACUACAUUCUUCUGUUCUCAUGCAUGAUAGGCAUAUCUUUGUACGGGUUGUACAAAAUUCGAAAGUCUCGAAAAAAGGAACAAACUGCCCGCGAGGCAAUGGUCGGAUCUGAUAUAUCGGUACCGAGCGCUACUCUAGCCAUGUGUUCCGGAUUUAUUUCCUCCAUCUCAGUGCUAGGAUUCCCAGCAGAGGUUUACUAUCAGGGAGGAAUGAUGCUAUGGUAUGCUCCGAUGUACUUCAUAUCGUUUCCACUCGUGGCUUACGUGUUCCUUCCUGUUUUGUACAAGUUGAAACUUACAACUAUCUAUGAGUAUUUCGAAAGAAGAUUCAAUUACAACUGCCGGUUUGUCACAACUCUUCUCUUUUGUGUGCAGAUGAUGUUAUACAACUCUGUUGCAUUAUAUGCUCCGUCUCUUGCUAUUGCUACAAUCACCAAAAUUCCCAUCACCAUUUCAAUUCUUAUUACUGCAAUUCUGUCAGCAGUUUACAUAAGUGUUGGAGGUGCAAAAGCGGGAAUCCAUACGUCCGCUAUCCAAAUGGCACUUAUAAUCUUCACAAUGGCGUUUAUCGUUUCCAUGUCUAUUCACCAAAUGGGUUGGAGAGACAUUCUCGAUAGUAUCACAACUGGCAAAAGAUUGAUUCUAAAUGACUUCCGGAUCAAUCCGACAAUUCGUCACUCAGUUUGGUCGUUAGUGAUUGGAGGAACAGGAAACAUACUGUCGUUGUUCGGAGCCAACCAACUGAGUGUGCAAAGAUGUUUGGCCAUGCCUUCACUAGAAAAGGCUCAAAAAGUUCUUUUGUGGACAAUUGGUUGCAACUCAGUGAUCUUAUUUUUGUACGUGUCGGUCGGUUUCUCAAUGUUCGCCUUCUACAAAGAUUGUCAUCCAACAAUAGGAAACGCCAAUGAAUUGUUGCCUCAAUUUGUGAUUGAUGUUAUUUCUACUACCCCCGGAUCAGUUGGACUUUUCGCUGCGGCAGUUUAUAGCGCUGGAAUCAGUACGCUGUCUGCGUCUUUCACUGCUGUAUCUUCAAUUCUGAUAAAUGACGUUUGGAAUGUGUUCAGAAAACACAAAAAACAAGCACCUCUGAAUAGUGCAGAUGUCCACAAAGCAAUGAGAAUUCUGCCAAUAUUCCUCUCUUUCAUUUCUAUAUUUGUAGCUAUGCUGUGUAGUAUGCUGCAAGGAAUCAUUUUGCAGGUGUCUUUCAUUGUCUUUGGUGCAGGUGGUGGACCAGUUCUUGGUUCUUUUGUGAUUGGCUUAUUCCUUCCUCGAGUCAAAGGAGUAGCUGCUUUUAUUGGUCUUCUUGCCUCAAUAGUUGCUUGUUUUUCUAUUUCAAUUGGAAGUGUACUAGUAAAGGUAAAACCAGUGCAACUAGAACUCGGUCAGUGUGGAAACUCAACGAUGUCAUUCUAUGACGACUCACACAUUGGAGAAGUUACUUCAACCCCACUAGCUUAUGGGUUUGACCGCAUUUUUGCCGUCUCCUAUCAGUACUACAGCGUUAUCGGUAUAGUAACAAAUGUUUUCGUCGCAUACAUCACGCAAUUGUUUAUUGAUGUGUGCUCACCGAUAAGAAAUCACUCUGAAAUUUGCCUUGAAUUGGUGUCACCCCUGUUUGCCUCUUCUGCUCCUCAUACCACUCAUCAUGACCCGGAACCGGAGCAGCAUAACUGCACGCAACAUGAGACUCUCCCUUGCUGA